GUGAGGGUAAGCUCAACCGCGAAUAACCGUCGAGUUGUCGAAACGGUUCCGAAUGGUUUGAUGGGCGAGUCGUUCAAAUCGUGGCCCAUCGUCGCAGUUGCCAGCUGCUCGCGGGUGAGGAUCGAACGCUGCGCCGUGACAGAAACGUGUCGGCUGCCCCGAUGGUGCAUCCGCUCAUCCCAGCUUCCGGUUUAAGUGCGAUCCUUUUCGAGUGUGUGUGUGUGCGCGAGUGGCUGUGGUUGGAGUGUAUGAGUAAAGGGCCCGUUUGGCGUGUUGGUGGUCGAUCGUUGCUAGUUCCACUUUUACGCGCCCAAAAAAGCGAUGUCUGCAACGGAUCUGGAGGAUAUCGUGGAGCACAUGAGGCGGUUCGCCUGGCCGGACUACCUGGUGUUCGUGUCGAUGCUGCUGCUGUGCAUCCUGAUAGGGGUGUACUUCGGCUUUGUGCAACGGAAACCGAACACCGAGUCCGAGUACCUGAUGGGCGGUCGGACGAUGUUGGUGUUUCCGAUUGCUCUAUCCCUUAUCGCCAGCUUCAUCUCCGGCAUUACCUUGCUGGGGCUGCCGACCGAGGUGUACUCGUUCGGUAUCCAGUACGUGUAUGUGGCGCUUGGCGUCACCCUGAUGGGCUUUGUGAUGGGUUUUAUCUAUCUGCCCGUAUUUCACAAGCUGAACAUCACAUCAACGUACGAGUAUCUAGAGACCCGCUUUGACCGUCGGUUACGAAUGUUUGGUUCGGUUAUGUUCACCAUUAUGAAUAUCGGAUACCUUCCAAUCGUCAUUUACGUGCCGGCAUUAGCAUUCAAUCAAGUAACUGGAGUAAACAUACACGUUAUCACGCCCAUCGUUUGUAUUGUCUGCGUGUUCUACACCUGUGUGGGCGGCCUUAAAGCGGUCGUGUGGACGGAUGUGGUGCAAACGUUUUCCAUGUUCGGUGCGCUGGUACUGGUCGCCAUCAAGGGUACGAUCGAUCUAGGAGGAUCGGAUGUCGUGUUUCAACGUGCGUGGGAUACGGGACGUUUGGAGCGGCCGAACUUCGACAUCAAUCCAACCACACGCCACACGUUCUGGUCGCAGCUGAUUGGAGGGUUCGUGUACUGGCUGCAGACCAAUGCCGUCAGCCAGAAUAUGAUCCAGCGAUAUUUAUCCCUUCCGUCGGUAGCCGCUGGACGGCGCGCUUUGUGGAUUUUUGUGUUCGGCGUGUGUCUGCUAAUGUCCCUGUGCAGCUACUGUGGACUGCUGAUUUACGCUACCUACCAACACUGUGAUCCUCUUUCGACUAAGCUCGCUCGUGCCAAGGAUCAACUGUUGCCUCUGUUCGUAAUGGACAUCCUGCGAGAUCUGCCCGGGCUGCCGGGACUGUUCGUAGCCGGCGUGUUCAGCGCUGCGCUUAGCUCUCUGUCCACCUGUCUCAACUCCAUGUCGGCCGUCAUUCUGGAAGACUUUGUCAAACCGUUCGUACACAAACCGCUGUCCCAAAGGACGGUUAACUGGAUCAUGCGAUCGGUCGUGGUCGGGGUCGGUGCGCUCUGUGCCGCGCUGGUGUUUGUCGUCGAGAAAAUGGGCACGGUGCUGCAGCUGACGAUGAGCCUGGAAGCGAUCACGAAUGGCCCACUGCUGGGCACGUUCACUAUCGGCAUCCUUAUCCCGUGGGUCGAAUCCAGGAGCGCUCUAACCGGUGGCAUUUUCGGGGUAAUAUUCAUGUCCUGGCUGAGCUUGAAGGCCCAGUACUGGGUGGCGACCGGUACGAUCGUGUUCCCGCACAAACCGAUGUCGGUCGACGGUUGCACGUACGAAUUCGACCACUCGUUAGUAAACGCCACCAGUACGAGCGUCUACACAACCGACGACAUUUUCCCACUGUUUCGCGUGUCGUACAUGUGGUAUACAUUCCUCGGGGCGGCCGUCACCAUCCUGGUUUCGCUGCUGUGCUCCGUACUGUUCUUCGGACGCAACGAUCCGAAAACGGUUUCUCCUGAUCUGAUGGCUGGCUUUGUGCGGCGUUACAUCCACGGACCGGACACCACGCCGAACGAGCGGGUUGCAGCAAACGCAUACGGCAAGAAUGGCAAAACGUUACACGAAUCCGCACUGUAAAGCUAUCCGAGGUGAAAUGUUCUGUCUGGUGGGGGGAGGCGGGAUACUUUUAGUACAUAUUUGCUGUAAGAUAAAAUGUUUUGCAACGUCGUUAUGAAAAUCGAACUAGAAAUAAUGUAUCAAAUAUAAAGUCUUGUAUCGAAAUAGGAAA